ACAUAAUUUCCGGUUUUCCGUGGCCAACAACUCACUCAUCACCAUCUGGCUCAACCUGUCAACUGCAUAUGUGUGACAGUUUAACAACACACAGCCUGUUGUCGUUUGUGUCUUUGUGGUAGCAGCAACCAGGAACAAUGGCCAUCUUACCGUUGCUGAUAUUUUCGAUGAUUUUGACUGCAUAUACAUCGGCUGAGCUUCUACCAACUUGUCAACCAAGUGACUUUCACUAUGAGUAUACAGAAUGUGACAGUGAUGGUGGACGAUGGCGUGUUUCUGUUCCGGAGCCCAAAAAGUGUGAAGGUGGGGCCCCACCACCCCCUGUCAGGGGCCAAAAGUGCAAAUUUACCUGUGAAGCAGGUCAGUAUCUGAACAUGACUGACCAAGUGUGUAGCCCGUGCCCCCCAGGCACUUAUUCCCUAGGGGGUGGGGCACGUUUUGAUGAGUGGGACAAAAUACCUCAAGGUUUCACAGCAGAUGUAGACAGUUUUCUGGAUUCUUUCGUUCCUGGGGCAGACCACGCUAACUGUACAGACACAGAAUGGAAACCAAAAGGAGAAUUCAUAGCCUCCUAUCCAGGUCCCUGUUCAUCCAGUCUUGUGUACUCAGUGACCUUGGUCCAACCUGGAUCCGUGACCUUUGAGUACCAGUACACAGAUUCAGCAUCCAUGUUCCAGUUUAAGGUACAAAAUGACCAGUGCCAGUCUGUUGAAGAUGAGGAAGCCAACAAUUGGCCUGGACCAACAAAAGAUGGCGAAUUCAAACAAGUGCAUCUUGUCCUGAAGACCGGACUGAAUGUGAUUAUUUGGAGGACCAUGGGACUAAACAUCGGAGAUUCGAGUGCAAAAUAUAAACCUGUCAUGAUCCGUAAGAUCGAGGUGACAGGUGUUGCCUAUACGUCGGAGUGUACAAAGUGUCGUCCUGGGACUAAUAGCCCUGACCCGGGCGCUCAUUUCUGUUCCCCAUGUGACCUCAACACCUUUUCAGACCGUGGUGCAGCUUCCUGUAGUCCGUGUAACCAAGAAACCCAGUAUUCUCGAAAAGGAGCUACUAAAUGCCUGGAUAGGCCAGUCUGUACUGAAAGGGAUUACUAUGAGACCCAGGCACCCUGUAAUAGUGAAAAAAAGACAUACACGGAAUACAAGUGGAUCCUGCCGCAGGUGUGUCGUCAAAAUGUUGAUGGAGCUGUAAGUCUGCCCCCCGAGGGACCCCCCAGGGACUGUCCACCGUGUAAUCCUGGACAUGAAUAUGUUAAGGGAAUCUGCCAAGUGUGUCCGGAUAACAAGUUCUCGGACGGCUCCAGUUUGUGUAAAUUGUGUUCGGCCUCAACUUCCCCCACCUACGGCAUUGAAUACAAAUGGUGGAAUGAUAUGCCUGUCAACAUGUCAUCCGAAUGCAUUACAUUCACUGAGUCUGAAUGUGAGUCAGACUCCAGUUGGAUGGUAGCAGGGGGCCAUAUCCACACCCACUAUGGCCGCGGUGAUGAUGCCUACCUCAUUCUACUCCUCAAGGUCGGAGGGUUCCGCACCUAUGGGACAAGCAAUGGAGAGGAGGUUUCUGCUAUCGAGUUCGUGUUUGAAACCAAUUGUACCGGAAAAUGUGAAUUCAUCUUCUUGUCGGACGAUACUGGUCACAGCACCAUUAUCAAUACCUGGGAGGGGAAGCAGAAGAAAACAAAAUACAGAUAUGCUAUACACUCUGCCGAGCCAAUCACGUUCACCUGGGCAUUUGAACACUCUGAUUGGACAAUUCAGGAUACAUCCGAGUCCAGAGAGAAGUUUGUAAACGAUGUCGCUAAAAUCUACAGCAUCAAAGUGACCAAUACACUACAGGGUGGAGCGUCGGGCUGUCAGACUUGUCCGCAGGGUGUAGCUCAGAACGGACAGAGCGGCUGUGUGCCAUGUCCUGAUGGCCACUACAUUGACACCAAUGACACAUCAUGCAAGCCGUGCCCCCCUAACACUGUCAUCCCUAACGGUCACUCUUGGGGUCUGGAAUCUUGUGUGACAUGUGGGGAAGGGCUUCGUGCAGUCAAGGGAAAACGAUGCGAGACCGACUGUACAUUCCGUGGCCAAGAUGGACGGCAAUAUGACUUUUCCGCACUCAAAGGGCCCAAGAUCAUCCAGGGAAGCCCGCUGUUCACUGGCACAGGGACACAGUAUUUUCAUGCUUUCAACAUCAGUCUGUGUGGCUCUGAGGACACUUUGGCCGUCUGUCGCAACAAUGUCAGCUCUUCUGACAGUAAAAAAAUGAAAACCCGUCAAACCUCAGCAAUGGUGUGUAGGACUACACUGGUACCGGACCGUGAUAGUGGCACCGUGGUAUCUACCCAGCCUGUCAGUAUUGGAAACACUCUGUACAAGAUCGUCAGUAACGUGUCACUGGAUGAGAUGUACACCAGAGAAGGAUAUACAGGAUCAGAAAAGGAUAUUCACUUUUACUACAAAUCUGAAAAAUCCACUGCCGCAUGCAUGUUAGGUCGCCAGACAAUUAUCUCCCUUCGAUGUGACCCGUCCCAGUCCGGAGCCGGAACCUUAGAGGUGCCACCAAAGUGUGCUGACGGAACAUGUGAUGGCUGUAACUUCCACUUCCUGUGGAAAACACAGUCUGCAUGUGCUGUGUGUCGAAAAGAGGACUCUGAGAAAAUUAUUGGAGAAUGUCAGAAUGGGGAACAACUUAUACAUUUCACUCCACCUCCAAACUGUGUAUUAAAAUCCAAGCUUGAGCCAGAAAAGCAGACAUGUACAGUGAAGUUGUCUUCACUUCCAUUUGCUCUCCAAGUAGCCAUACCUGUUGCAGCUGGUGUGAGUCUUUUACUGGUCCUUGUCGUAAUGUACUGCUGGCACAAAAAUAGAAGCUUGGAAGUGAAGUACAUGAAGCUGGCCGAGAACUCUGACCGUAAUUACGAUGGUGAGCUGCCUGGUGUGGACUCUUGUGCCUUGGAGGAUGGUGAAGAUGACCAGUAUGACUCGGUGACGUUCAAGGAAAGCCGUGGCGCCAGGUUCUUCAAGAAACUUCGUGGCAAGAGAGGAAAGACCAGUGCCGAUUUCUUUUCUGUAAGUAAUGAUCCAGCUGAUGAGUGGUAGCCAUGGUGACGGGUUUACAUCUACCACCCUUGUGUUCUGGAGAUGACGAAAAUCCAUUUGAACCAUCUAAUGGUGAAAAAAUCCCACUGACGUAACGAAAGAAUCAGACAUGUCUGUUCUGAUGGGAAAGAUCAACAGACAAAUUGGGACCAAAGGAUGUUUCACACAUACAAGACUCUCUGCACCCCAAAAAGAUUUUGCAGAGCUUGUUUAAUGCACAUAAAGGGAGACAACUUCUCUACCAUUUAAAUCAGGGUAGAGAGACAAAAUCUCUACAGUGGUAAAACAUCAGCUACAGUCACUAACUUCAACAUCCAUAUGAUAUAUAGUUGUGUUUCAUGUUUGUCUUUCAUAUUGAAUCAUUUCAGAAUAUGUCGUUUAUUGCUUUGUCACUUUUGUUAAUUGUUAGCGAAAUAUUUUCAUCAUUUUUUUACACACUCCUACCAAGAAGUAGUAAGAGGCAUAAAGGGUUAGCGUCCUCUGUCUGUCCUUUCACAAAUCUGGCUUAGAAGUUUCUUAAACUUCACUGUUCAUUAAUUAAUUGUUAUAUAAUGUUGGAUAAAUUUACUUGAAAAAUCUAAAAGGACCGAAUGCCACUGUUGUGCGAAAUUGUUAAGUAAACUUUAAGUUUUGCAUUGAAAGCAUAUCAUCUUGUCUUUCAUGAAAAUAACAUUUCCAAUUUUUACAAAGAGACUGAUAUUCAAAUUUGCAUUGCAAAUAAGAAAUUUCAAUUUUAGAACACCGAGCCAACAUAAGAUUUCAUUUGAAAGAAUAUCCACAAAAUAAAAAAUUAUAUUUUCUAAAAGCUAAUAGAUCAGGGUUUACAUUUUGAGUCCUAAAUGUAUUUAUAAGAUAGGAGAUGCAGAACUGGAUUUUUGUUGUGUUUUUUUUCUUCUCAAUUUUUAUGUUCUGUAUACUUUUCAAGUUUUGAAUUUAUAAGUUGUUGAGGUUGUGUAAUAUCUCCAGUAGAUCUGUGUUAUAUUUUUAACAUGAGAUAGUGAUCUCUGUAACACAUGUUUGUUACUGGAAUUCCAGUAGAAGUCUAGUAUCAGAACAUCCACAUAAGAUGUUCGACUUUUGAGAUAAGGAGUCCAAGAUUGCUGACCUUGGUAGAGCUGAAAUGUUACAUUUCCCUAUGGAUUCACAUUUUCAUAACAAGAGGGUGUUAAAUAUUUUGAAAUUCACGAUCUUAUUCUUAAUGUUGUGAUUAAUAUGAAUUUUAUAGUAAAUAAUGACAUAUUUCAUUUGUCCACAAUUUCAUGAAGCAUGCCACCAAUUCAAUCUAAAUUUUUUUGAUUUUAUUUUUUGUCUGUUAUUUACCUUCUUAAAUUGUUUUUUCACUACUUCCAGUACCUAAUAUACAAUGGUGGAUCUGUUUCACUAUUUAUACAAUAUAAAGUUAUUUGCCUCAUAAUACAUACAUAUAUAUCUUUUGGUGAUACCCUGUAACAGUUAGACAAAAAGCACAGAACAUUCAUUAAGGAUAUAUGCUACCCAUUUUUUCUCAGGCAUGUGAUUUAUGAUUAUUAUCUCCCCUUAGGGAAUAUGCUUCAACUAAUAACUUCAACUUUUUUUCUGCAAAUUUCGACUAUUUAUCCACUUUAACGAUAUUUACUAUAUUACACACACCUUGAUUUAUACUUCAGUUGUAAAGAUGAUACAUUUUAUCACAUUUUAUCACAUGCCUGCAAUUUAUGCUUGUUAUCUCCCUUAAGGAUGUAUCUGCUAUAUUUUACACCAAGGCCGUCAUAAACCUUAAGGGUGUAUGCUACAUUUCACCCCAUGCCUGUGUGUUGAGGCAAUUACAUUAUGUAAUAUUCAUUCAAUGUAAAAAAGUUGUGACAGCAUGCCCACCAACACAAACGGGUCAUACAUGAUCACAUGGCUCACCAUAACUGUUAUUUGAUGAUUAUAAGUACAUGCCAUUUGUGUUCCUUUCAUAUCAUCAAAGUCCAGGCGAAUAUCCUUCCUAUCAGAGGAAUAGCUUGUCCGUAAUAUAUUCCAGGGUUGAGGGAAGGGGGGGGGGGGGGAAGGGCAGGAGGAGGAUGUUGUAACUUUUCCUUGCUCAGAUUAAGUGAUUUUGGGAUGAGAUUUGGAGAAAUCUAACUUCAUUUGGUGAAAUUUCAUCAGUAUACUUUAUCAAACAGAAAUAAAAAAAACUAAUUUUCUUUGAAAAAAACUCACUUUCUUUAAAACCCUGAAGUUCUCCCCUGAUAUUUAUCAUCUUGAAUUGUCCCUACAAGAGUACAGAUUUUAAUACAAUGUAUAUAGUGUGGAUACAUUUUCCACAGUUCUAUUUAUUGUUUUGAUUAAUGGUAACACCUCUCGACAGCUUUUCAUGCUUGUAAGCAUGCUCUAUUAAUUCAUAAUAUUACCAAGAUUGAUGAAUUAUGGCAAAUUCAAUUAAAUUGAUUUCAUAUUUCUCCAGUUUUCCUCUUGAUUGAUAUUUUUGUGUUGUGUUAAAACUCUCUUAGUAACUCCGCUUUCCUUUUAAAAACCUUAGAAAAUAGUUACAAAUUUCAAUAUUUAUUUUGAGAAAUAGAAAACAUAUUGAAGCACUGUGAUUCUUCAAAUUAAGUCUUGCUUGUGAGACCGUCAAUAUGUGGGAAAGAGAUAGUGUUUAGACUCUACUGGUACAAAUCAAUGUGAUUUCCUCAGCAUAUGUAAAGGGUAAUAAUUGUCUGCAAUAUUUGGUGAUAAAUAAAAGUGACCAUGUGUAUAGUCUUCUUACUAUAGGGGUUUAACAAUAUUCUUUGGUAACAAUACAUACAAUAUUCCUUUUACCGUCUCAGUCUGCAGCUCUAUAUUGAUAUCUGCACAAUUCUAACAGAGAAGGAUAAACUUUUUUUUACUUAAUCGUGUUAUACAAUAUUUACUUUUUUUUCCGUUCACAUUUUAUUUAUAUUUAGGCAAGACAAUAUCCUCUUGAGUAUCAGUAUUGUCUAGAUAUACUUGCUUACCUCUAUUUAUUUGAUUAUUUCAUCAUGAAAGUUGGAAAGGAAAUUGUAUGACAUGUUUUAUUCCUACCUUUACAUAUACUGUCAAAAAGCCACGAGACUCUGCUCUUGGAGUCUGCAUCAUCGGAAACUCAAUAGUCAAGAUUGCUUUAUCAUUCAAGUACAAGAACAGAGUCUUGUGGCUUUCUGGCGAUGACUUUUGUAUGAUGCAAGUGUAUUGUUACUCCCCUGAUACAAGUAUAUGCUGUCCUGCCAGCUGGUUAACUUGUGCUGUGAUUGGCCUGUAUCUUUUUUCAGCUGUUCGUUACAUAUAUAUUUAUGUAUAUGAUGACAUAUUUCCAUUUUAUGUAUACAAUAUGAAAUCCAAGCACUGUUGUCAAGUUUCUGAUAUUAUAUACCACCUUUUGUUUAUUUAUAACAUGAACGCUACCUGUAUACCUGUAAGUGAGUUGUGUAUUUGCCAUAAAUUAUAUACUUUGAUCAGCUGUACUGUAAAUAUAUGUUGAUGUUGCAUUUAAGAGUCUUAUAAUCCUUAUAGUGGUUAUUGUGAGAAUUACAGGCAGGGCUUGCUGGGGGAGAAAAUGGGGUCUUGGGAGAAUACUGUUAACUUGGGGAAGCAUUCCGUUUCAAGAGAGGACAGGAAAUAUAGGAUCUUGGGAAUCUCACAAGAGUACAGGAAAUAUGGGGUCUCAGGAGAGGACAGGAAAUAUUGGGUCCUGGGGGAGGACAGGAAAUCUAGGGUCCUGGGGGAGGACAGGAAAUCUAGGGUCCUGGGGGAGGACAGGAAAUCUAGGGUCCCGGGAGUCUCACAAGAGUACAGGAAAUCUGGGGUCUCGGGAGAUGAUAGGAAAUCUGGGGUCUCGGGAGAUGAUAGGAAAUCUGGGGUCUCGGGAGAUGAUAGGAAAUCUGGGGUCUCGGGAGAUGAUAGGAAAUCUGGAGUCUCUGGAGAUGAUAGGAAAUCUGGGGACUCAUAAGAGGACUGGAAGUCUGGGUCUCAGAAGAUGACAGGAAAUCUGGGAUCCUGGGAGAGGACAGGAAAUCAGGGGUCCCAGGAAAGGACAAGAAAUCUCGGGUCCCAGGAGAGGACAAGAAAUCUCGGGUCCCAGGAGAGGAUAGGAAAUAUUGGGUCCUGGGAGAGGACAGGAAAUCUUGGGUCACAGAAAAGGACAGGAAAUUUGGGGUCCCCGGAGAGGAUAGGAAAUUGGGGGUACCUGGAGAGGACAGGAAAUUAGGGGUCCCCGGAGAGGACAGGAAAUUGGGGGUCCCCGGAGAGGAUCAGUGACAUUGAUAUUGGGUCUCGGGAGAGGACUGGAAAUGUUGUGUGUUGGGAGAGGAUAGGAAAUAAUGGGUCUCCAGAGAGAACAUGAAACUUGUGUCUUAGGGAAAGAAUACGAAAUAUUGUUUCUUAUCUUCUUAAUAAAGUAUCUAGAAAUAUAUAUAAUGGUAUUGGAUUUGAGUAGAAGUAGGUAGAUUUUGUAAGAUUUAGUUUUAGUUAGAAUUGAAUCAUUUAUUGAGCAGUUGUUAUAUCUUAACACUAUGGUGCUUAAAAAGUUCCUUCUUCUUUUUACGGUAUGUACGUCCUGUUGUGUAUCCUGAUUUUGAAGCUUAAUUUUUUUAAUCAAAUAAACUUUUUUGGGCUGCCCUGACAAUAUCAUUUCCCACCAUCAUGAAUAUUUUUAUCACUAAAUAUACAUGAUUCUAAACUUUGUAGUCGCAUUGCAUAUUAAGGAAUUUCAAAAUUUCUUUCUUAUCAUGGUCAAUUUGCAUAGAACUGCUUUUAAUGAAAAUAUACCAAUAAUAUAUACAGCAUCAGAAAUCUAUUUUAGAUAUGCUUGAUAAUCAUAUGCUACCAUUUCUUGCGACCCCUGAAAUGAGGAGACUACUACGCAGAAAUGGGAAGGUUUUUUUUCCCAUGGGUUUUCACUUGACGGUUUGUUAUUCAUCAUUUACGAGUUUGUAUUGUAAAAUAUUUACAUGAAAUCCAAAUUUCUGUCACUUGACGUAUAUUGAUUUCAUACAUCAGUGGAUUGUUAUUGUUGGUUUUAAAAGCCUUCCUCAUCUGAAAUAGCUGUAAAGUGAUACUGUUCAAAUAUACAUGUUUUGUGUUUAUAACGAAUUCAAUUCCAUUAGCUGUUGUGUAAUUAGAAAUUAAUGUAUGUCUUCUUUGGUGAAUUUUUCAUCAUGAAAUGGUAUCUUCAUAAAAUUUCACUUGCAAUCAAACAAAAUAACGUAUAAAACAAAAAUGGGUCAAACCUAUUUAUUUUCUGAUUUUAAAUAUAUUGAUUUCAACAGCCUUGAGCGUAGUUUAAGAAAAAUAGAUUGUGAACUUUGUUUUCUGUUUGAAUCCAUUAGCUGUUGUGUAAUUAUAAAUUACAUCAUGAAAUGGUAUCUUAAUAAAAAUUCCACUUGCAAUCAAACAAAAUAACGUAUAAACAAAAAUUGGUCAAACCUAUUUAUUUUCUGAUUUUAAAUGUAUUGAUUUCAACAGCCUUGAGCGUAGUUUAAGAAAAAUAGUUUGUGAAUUUUUUCUGUUUGAAAACCUUCUAGUAGGUAAUUAUACUGUUCACUAAGGACUCAGCAAGCUUAUAAUUAAUAUCGCCUCAGCAUUGUCUCCACAUUUAAGUGCAAUAUAUGAGAAAAACCUGUAGUUGUAGAUAUCAGUAAUCAAUAAUAUUAAUGAAUUGGAAAAUAUUUUGCAUUGAUAUAUCUUUGACCACUGAAUAUCAUAUUAUGGUCAGCAAUGAUUGACAGUUGUGUGAUAUCAAUAUGUUACAUUUGAUUUUUAGUUACUGGAUAUAUCAACUGCAAAUUAUUUGUAGAAAAAAAGUCUAAUUUCAAUUUUAGUUGUUAUAUUUAUUUCCAAGUGUAUUUAUUCAUUGAAUACCGUAUUUAUCCUGUAGGAAGCCCAUGGGACCCACAUAGAACCUCUGAUCAAUCCUGGUGGUGGGCUUACUACAGGACAAUGCAGUCGCAUUUACUGAACGUACAGCAAUAGAUAUGAUGGGCUUAAAUUAACCUAAGGCGUGGGCUUAUUGCUUGAUAAAUAGGGUAUAUAUAUUAGACAAGCGUAUGUCCUGAGUAGGUUGUAAUUUGAUACAGACUUCAGUAUAUAUAUAUAUGGUUGUGGUGUUUAGUGAUAAUGGUUGUGUUUGGCAUUUAAUGCCGUUGUCCAGACUAUAAUGAUAUAUAAUAGCACAUUUGAUAGAAACCAUGUAUGCAUGUUCUAUUUGAAGUUAAGGUUGUAUUUUGUAGGUUUGGUGUCUGAAGCAGAGAUCUCAAAACCCUAAGUUACAGAAAUUUUGUAUAAUUUUGUAUGUAAAAUCACUGCAUAGUUUCAGUUGCCACGGCAAACUAAAGUAUAAAAGUUCAGUCUCGGUCAAAAAUUAAAUCACAUUAUUAUUUAAAUUCUGUUGUCAGUUUGUGUUGUGAUAUAACUGUUUUUGUCUCAUUUAAGGAAAAUUAUUGAUAUCUAGAAAUCCCGUUGAAUCCUUUAUUACCAACUAAUAUAACAUAUAAUUAAUUAUAUGAACCAGUAUAAUUUGUGUAAGAUUACCAGCAAGGGGACAUAACUCUUGGUAGCUGAAGUUGCACAAGUCCAUAGUUUUAGUUUAUUAUUUUGUAGUCACUUCUUUAUACAUACUUAGACAAUUAGCUGAUCAUUUAUAUUCCUUUUGUGGUACUGGGUUUAGAUUUUGUUUUCAGCAUGAUUUUGUAUAUUGUCUGUUCUCAACGUUGUACUUUGAAAACAUUUUUUUGUCAACAUUAAUUAUACGAAACAUAUAUGCCAGCCCUCCGUAGUUUUUCGUUAAUUUUUGUUAAGUGAAUUAUCAGUAAUUCUUUUCUAAUCCACAAUUUCAGAAUUCCAAUUAGUCCACAAGGAAGAACAAUUUCAAAUCAAAUACAUUGUUUUAAGGUUUUCAAGAGAGGAUCUAUGAAUGUUCUGAGAGGCUGCCUACAGACAAUCUCCGUAUGGAAAUAAAAAACAUAGUUCAUGUAUCUUAUACAUGUCUGUUUUCAAGAAUGAUCCCAGAGUCUUAUGAAGUAAAUAUUUGAUUGUCAUGAUUUAUUAUUAAACUUAGUGACAAUUUGUGUGACAAGUUUCUCUUUAUAAGUGCAAUAAUACAAUUAAUUAGCUAAUUUGUGAUUUAAGUUAUUUGUAUUGUCACGUUUAUGACAUUGUAUACGAGAGAAUUGAUGCUGUUUAUAUGGAAUUGUUUGAAGGUUACCUGGUAGCAGAACUGAAUUUUACCUCUAUGGCUACUGUAAAUAAUCUGAUAAGCAAGAACUAUCUAAAGCGAAUCUAUACCGUUAAGAGAAUCUCCCACCACAGUCAGCUUGUUCUGUGAUGUCACAGGUUUAUUUUACGAAGUUGUGUAUGAGGUGCAUUUCUAACCCUAUUGAAAGUUUGGCUUGGCUUAUAGAGUGUCUGGAUUGUACAAGUUCCAAUUUAAACAAGUUAAAUCACAAUAACACAGAAAAUCUUUUCAAAGUGUUUGUUUUUAGAUAUCCAGGAGAUGUUUUUUGUUAAGUGCAAGAAUCUUUUUUUUAAUUAUCUUUUCAUGUGCUCAUAGUACAAUGUACACAGCUGUAUUAUUGAACUUUUAUAUGGUUUUGGUCCUUAUAUUAUUUGAAUUAAUUGAAUUUAGUUUUGAUUUUCAUUGGUAAAAAAGUAAUAUUAUAACAUUUUGUUUAAUUUUUUUUGAUCACAGGGUAUGAUUUAUAUUGGGUUGUGUACCUGUUUACAUUUUUGAUUUCUUGUAGUUGUUUUUUUCUGAAGAAAGAUUUGUGUAGUGUUUAAUCAAUUUACAUUAAGUAUCAUAAAAUAUCAAAUAACUCUUUCAUAAACAAAUGUCUAUGUUUUCAGUUUCCUGUUUGUGUUGACCUGGUAUUUUUUCGGUAUAACCGAUUAUCACUGUAAAAUGUUACGUAAAAUGUAGCAUCAUAUACAGGACAGCAAAUCUGUCCUGAAUUUUGAACAGCUAAAAUCUUGUGUUAUGAGAUCGUUCUUAAAAAAACCACACCAACUAUCUAUAAACUAAAAAUUGCAGUCUCCAGUAAUUUCCAGGUACUAAUAUCUCACUAAUAUUUCGUUUAAAUUGUAAGAACAAUCUCAUUGAAAAUUAAUCUUAGGUUGAUAAGCGAGGUCAUAUGUUGAGGUGAUAGGGUACACCUUGAGGAUAAUGGAAUACAUAAUUAAAUAAAUCUUAACUAUUUACUGUCAAUGAUCUUUGGGAAAAGUUACUAUUUAAAUGAUGAAUUAUAUACAUUUUCAGGGCUUCAAAUGUUUACACUCUAGGGUAACAAGUCUUUAUUAGUUUUGCUUUGUUAUAUCAUUAAGAAAUCUUGAGAACAGAAUUCUGUAGGAUCAUCUUGUGUACAUGUAUAUGAUCAGUUGUUUCAUAUUCAAUUUAAGGUGUUUAUACAUUCUGUAGGGUUCUGCUUAGACAGGUAAAACUGGAUAAAAUUAGCAACGACAUAAUUAACGCAAUAUCUGCCUAAGUGCUUUUCAUUCUGUAUUGUGUUUGUUUCAUAAUUAAAUUCAUAUUGAGAAGUGAUAAAAUUAUUUAUACAUUUUUUCUGACAUGUUUCUACUUUUUUUUUCUGGCAAAUGAGGGAAGGAAAUGUUCUGUUGAUAUUGUUCGGGUUACUCCUGUUAAUGUAAUGUUCAUUCAGGGUUACUCCUGUUAAUGUAAUGUUCAUUCAGGUUCACUCCUGUUAAUGUAAUGUUCAUUCAGGGUUAUGCCUGUUAAUGUACUGUUCAUUCAGUGUAACUCCUGUUAAUGUAAUGUUCAUUCAGGUUCACUCCUGUUAAUGUAAUGUUCAUUCAGGGUUACACCUGUUAAUGUAAUGUUCAUUCAGGGUUACUCCUGUUAAUGUUAUGUUCAUUCAGGGCUACUCCUGUUAAUGUAAUGUUCAUUCAGGGUUAUGCCUGUUAAUGUAAUGUUCAUUCAGUGUAACUCCUGUUAAUGUAAUGUUCAUUCAGGGUUACUCCCGUUAAUGUAAUGUUCAUUCAGGUUCACUCCUGUUAAUGUAAUGUUCAUUCAGGUUCACUCCUGUUAAUGUAAUGUUCAUUCAGGGUUACUCCUAUUAUUACAAUGUUCAUUCCAUGAUAACUUUUGUAUAAUAUGUAAUGUUCAUUCGAGGAGGAUUUUGAAUGUAACAAUAAUUUUAUUGUUCUUUAUGAAGAUUGUUCAUUUCAGAUUCAUUCAGGGGAUAUCUCUUAAUAUCAUGCUCAUUCCAAGGUUGCUUCUUUUAAUGUUAUGGUUAUUCAAGAGCUACUUUUUAAUGUAAUGUUAAAUAUAAGUCCGGAAUAUUCCAGUUAUUAUACUAUUCAUUCAAAUCUUUCUCUGGUUAAAUGCCAUGUUCAUUAUAGGUUCUUACCUGUUAAUGUCAUGAUGAUCAAAGGUUUAUACCUGCUAAUGUCAUGGUCAUCAUAGGUUUUUACCUGUUAAUGUCAUGUUCAUUAUAGGUUUAUACCUGUUAAUGUCAUGAUCGUUAUAGGUUUAUACCUGUUAAUGUCAUGUUCAUUAUAAGUUUAUUCAUGUACCUGUUACUGUCAUGUUAUGCUACACAAUUGAUUUGAAAACAUUAAUGUACAUUAAUAUUACGUAUGCUCAAGUUAAGAAUUAUUUACCUUGGAAAUAUAUUUAGCGUUCUGGUUUAAUAGUAAAAAAUUGAAUUUCCUUUGUCUAUGAAAAUGUGAAGUAAGGGGUACAUCAAGGGGAGAACUCAAAAAGUUCUAAGCUAGAUAACCAUCAUGUGCUAUUAACAUCAUUUUGUAUACAUACAUAUUUAUGUGUAUAUUGGCCAUUGGUUUUGUUGUAAUUGUUAAUUUUGAAAAGUACAAUAUUGUUCACGCCUAGCUGUUGAUGAUGCUGAAGCUUAAAAAUGUAUGAAGUUUCUGUUACAGGUGAAUCUCAUGUUAUCGGUGAACAUUCCUUUUCUAAACGUUUUUGCCUGGUUUAUCAAAUAUAUAAUAAAUAUUUUAUAUGUCUCAA